AGGACCGAGUUCUCCAGCUCCCGAGACUGUCGAAACUAGGUCAAUGGGAAGGAAGAAGGGGCGGGGCGACAAGGGAUUGUUGGUAUCGAGCCCUGGUGGGAGGGCUCCCUCUAGUGUUCAGUGGCGGUGAAACAUGAUUACGGGACUCCUAAUUUCCAAUAAGUGCAUUUACUUAAUUUUAACCUCUUUUUCCGGAUUCACACCCCAUCCCAUAUUAAAUUUCAGCCUUCGCUUCCACCAGUACUCCACCGGGCGAAGGAAUGAGAAAGCCUCAAAGUAUGAGGCUGCAGAGGCCCAGUCUUGAACAACGGACCUUAACGCCGCCUCCUUUGCUGACGGGUGGCGCGGCGCUGGGUGUCGCCAACGCCAGUUUUAGGACCCAGCUGUGGCUUGAAAGGCUGCGUCUUUAGCAUCCCCGGUACCCCAGCCCCCACCCCCCCCCCCAAAGUCCCUCUUGGAGCCCGCUGCUGAGAUAAAUAGGAGAUAAAUAUAAUUCCAAGGAAGGCUACGGGAAGGCGCGGCAACCUUAGAGCGCGCGCGCGGCGGGGUCGGUGUCCGGGCCUCUCCUGGAUCCUAACCUUGUUUCUAGGGGGUUUCGGAGAAAUAGAAUUCGGAAAAACCGAAACCUGGCCAGAUUCGGCCUGGCAGCUCUUACUCUAAAGACUUGGGGCGGAAACCCAGCCGAGCUGUGUUCCCCUACUUGCCAACGUAGGCGGAAGGGGCUUUCGGUUUAGUUUUUCUCCAACUCGGCUGGGGUACGCUGCAUACAGACCCUGAGCCCUCUACCUUCAGGCCUUGACGCCUCGCCUAACUAUCCUCUUUAAAAGGAUUUCGGGGCCAAGCGAAAAGAGAAAAGAAAGAAAAAAUGACGCCCCAGGCAAACAAACGCCAGACUUGGGCAACCUGAAGUCAUGAAAUGGACCCGAAAUCCUGAGGUCUAGACCGGCUCUGCUACUAACUCGCCUGACCAUCCCCGUUUAUAAAACUGUUGCGGGGAAGGGUAGGACUCGAGCUGAGUGCCUGGAUGCGCGUGGCCGGCGGAUUUAGGGGAAAGUGUCCGUACUCCCCGCCCGCCUCCGGGGCGCCCCCACCCCGCUCCCUUCCCGGUGAAUCCCCGGCAGCCCGCGCGGCGCAGGCGGCGAUCCCGGCGGCCGUUGGGGGCCAGCGGCUUCCUGGAAAGUUACUUCUCGUUGGAGCCGGCGAUAGGCAGAGAGUGUUCCGUGAACUCCGCUGAGCGGAGAUCGACGACGUUCCGGGAAUGAGAGGGCUGAGCCAUUCCCCUCACUGCCCCCUGCCUUGACGGGUGUAACAGGAAAAGAAAGAGGCACACACAAUGUUAGUUCCCGAGGUGCACGAAAAGUUUUAUCUGAGUACAACCAAAUUCAGGGCUGCCACGGUAGUCCCGCGGGGCCUCCGCCGAGCCCACGGGGACGCGGAGACAGAUGGGCAGCGGUGGUGGCACAAUGCCCCCGGGUGGGCAGCCCCUGGCAGCCAGGUUUUAAGCAAAAUUUUGGACUGUGAAUCAAGGCAUUGGGUGAAGACAAAAUGGCCUCGCCGGCUGAUAGCUGUAUCCAGUUCACCCGCCAUGCCAGUGACGUUCUUCUCAACCUUAAUCGCCUCCGGAGCCGGGACAUCUUGACUGAUGUUGUCAUAGUGGUGAGCCGCGAGCAGUUUAGAGCCCAUAAGACAGUCCUCAUGGCCUGCAGUGGCCUGUUCUACAGCAUCUUCACAGACCAGUUGAAAUGCAACCUGAGUGUGAUCAAUCUGGAUCCUGAGAUCAACCCCGAGGGGUUCUGCAUCCUCCUGGACUUCAUGUACACAUCUCGGCUCAACCUGAGGGAGGGCAACAUUAUGGCCGUGAUGGCCACAGCUAUGUACUUGCAGAUGGAGCAUGUCGUGGACACUUGCCGGAAGUUUAUCAAGGCCAGUGAAGCAGAGAUGGUUCCUGCCAUCAAGCCUCCCCGUGAAGAGUAUCUGAACAGCCGGAUGCUGAUGCCCCAAGACAUCAUGGCCUAUCGGGGCCGCGAGGUGGUGGAGAACAACCUGCCGCUGAGGAACCCCCCGGGGUGUGAGAGCAGAGCCUUUGCCCCCAGCCUGUACAGUGGCCUGUCCACACCGCCAGCCUCUUAUCCCGUGUACAGCCACCUCCCUGUCAGCAGCUUCCUCUUCUCCGAUGAGGAGCUGCGGGAUGCCCGGAUGCCUGUCGCCAACCCCUUCCCCAAGGAGCGGGCCCUCCCCUGCGAUAGUGCCAGGCCAGUCCCUGGGGAGUACAGCCGGCUGGCCAUGGAGAUACCCCACAGUGUGUGCCACAGCAACAUCUACUCACCCAAGGAGACGGCCCCAGAGGAGGCACGGAGUGACAUGCACUACAGUGUGGCCGAGGGCCCCAAGCCAGCUGCCCCCUCGGCCCGGAAUGUUCCAUACUUCCCCUGUGACAAGGCCGGCAAGGAGGAAGAGAGACCCUCUUCAGAGGAUGAAAUUGCCCUGCACUUCGAGCCCCCCAAUGCACCCCUAAACCGGAAGGGUCUGGUUAGUCCCCAGAGUCCCCAGAAGUCCGACUGCCAGCCCAACUCGCCCACAGAGUCCUGCAGCAGCAAGAAUGCCUGCAUCCUUCAGACCUCUGGCUCCCCUCCAGCCAAGAGCCCCACGGACCCCAAAGCCUGCAACUGGAAGAAAUACAAGUUUAUUGUGCUCAACAGCCUCAACCAGAACGCCAAACCGGAGGAGCCCGAGCAGGCCGAGCUGGGCCGCCUUUCCCCUCGAGCCUACCCUGCCCCACCAGCCUGCCAGCCGCCCAUGGAGCCAGAGAACCUUGACCUCCAGUCCCCAGCUAAGCUCAGCGCCAAUGGGGAGGACUCCACCAUCCCUCAGGCCAGCCGGCUCAAUAACAUUGUCAACAGGUCUCUCACAGGCUCCCCCCGCAGCAGCAGCAGCAGUGAGAGCCACUCACCCCUCUACCUGCACCCCCCGAAGUGCACGUCCUGCGGCUCUCAGUCCCCACAGCACACGGAGAUGUGCCUCCACACCACCGGCCCCACGUUCCCCGAGGAGAUGGGAGAGACCCACUCUGAGUACUCGGAUUCCAGCUGUGAGAAUGGGGCCUUCUUCUGCAAUGAGUGUGACUGCCGCUUCUCUGAGGAAGCCUCGCUCAAGAGGCACACGCUGCAGACCCACAGUGACAAACCCUACAAGUGUGACCGCUGCCAGGCCUCCUUCCGCUACAAGGGCAACCUCGCCAGCCACAAGACCGUCCAUACGGGUGAGAAACCCUAUCGCUGUAACAUCUGUGGGGCCCAGUUCAACCGACCGGCGAACCUGAAAACCCACACUCGAAUCCACUCUGGAGAGAAGCCCUACAAAUGUGAAACCUGCGGAGCCAGAUUUGUACAGGUGGCCCACCUCCGCGCCCACGUGCUUAUCCAUACUGGCGAGAAGCCCUAUCCGUGUGAAAUCUGUGGCACCCGUUUCCGGCAUCUUCAGACUCUAAAGAGCCACCUGCGAAUCCACACGGGAGAGAAACCUUACCAUUGCGAGAAGUGUAACCUGCAUUUCCGUCACAAAAGCCAGCUGCGUCUUCACUUGCGCCAGAAGCAUGGCGCCAUCACCAACACCAAGGUGCAAUACCGCGUGUCCGCCACCGACCUGCCCCCGGAGCUGCCCAAGGCCUGCUGAAGCAUGGAGUGUUGACGCUUUCCACUCGAGCCCCUUCUCAGAAUCUACCCAAAGGAUACUGUAACACUUUACAGCAUUCAUCCCAUGAUGUAGUGCCUCUUUCAUCAACUAGUGCAAAUCAUAGCUGGGUAUGGGGGGUGGGGGGAGGGGCGUGGGGACCGGGAGCCAAGGCAGCUCCCCUUCCCCCACUGCCAUCCAACAUUAAGAAAAUAAUAUUGCUUCUUCUCCUAUGUGCAAGGCGAACCAUGUCAGCAAAAAGCAGAAUCAUUUUGUACAUCAAAGUGGGAGAGUAUGCAAAAGCUCUGACUUGACUUAGUCUGCAAAAUGAGGAAUGUAUAUGUUUUGUGGGAACAGAUGUUUCUUUUGUAUGUAAAUGUGCUUUCUUUUAAAAGAAGAGACUUCGGUAUGUUAUCAAACAGAGGGCUUUAAUUUUUUUAACCAAAGGUGAAGGAAUAUAUGGCAGAGUUGUAAAUAUAUAAAUAUAUAUAUAAAAUAAAUAUAUAUAUAUAUAAACCUAAAAAAGAUAUAUUAAAAAUAUGACAUUGUGUUAAAGGCUCGAUUUUGUAUCUGCAGGCAGACACGGAUCUGAGAAUCUUUAUUGAGAAAGAGCACUUAAGAGAAUAUUUUAAGUAUUGCAUCUGUUUAAGUAAGAAAAUAUUUUGUCUAAAAUGCCUCAGUGUAUUUGUAUUUUUUUGCAAGUGAAGGUUUACAAUUUACAAGUGUGUAUUAAAAAAACAAAAAGAACAAAAAAAGCUGCGGAAGGAAAAAUGUGUAGUUUUGUUCUAGUUUCCGGUUUGUAUAUACCUAUACAACGUGUCCUACGGUGCCUUUUUCAUGGAAGUUUUCAACGAUGGAUGGGCGAGCGCUCCAUCCCUUUCUGAAGUGUAGGCAGACACAGGGACUGGAAGUUGUCACUAACAGCCUCUUUGGGAAUGUUUGUCUCAUCCAUCACAUUCUGCGUCGUGCUUGUGUUAGAACUGCUCCGGAGACAGGGUUUGGCUGUGUCUAAACUGCAUUACCGCGAUGUAACAUAUAGCUGUACAAAUACAAGAAUAAAAUGUUGAAAAGUUGA